UUGUUGUCAUCUUGUGGGUUAUCGAUAUUAAAUUGUACACAAGUAAAAAUAAAUAGCAAAACAAUUUGAUUUACAAUGGAAUUUUCAGAAAGUAUGGAUUUGGAAAAUGAACGAGUGUUGAAGUUAAUAUUCCCAAAUGGAAUUCCAGAUAAUCUGCGUGGCAAUCCGGAGCUGGAUAAUUAUUUGGCAAAAUUGGGAACCUGCAAAGUGGAGCAACUGAAGAAGGAGCAAACGAGGCUCGCCGAUGAGACAAAACGCAUAUUAGAACAAACCCAAGAGCUGGCCAUAUCGAAUUACAAAACAUUUAUCACAACAGCUGAGAACUCUCGUUCGAUAUUCCAUGAGUUUCAAAAAGCCGAAGAUCAGGUUGACACGCUAAUUGGCAAACUACCUGCGUUCAGCGCCAAGUGCGAGGAAUUUCUGGCAGAGUCAGCCGAACUAGCCGAGCAGCGUCGUCUGAACAGCACAACAUUGCACAAAAAUGCUCAACUGCUGGAGAUACUCGAGCUGCCGCAGCUAAUGGAACGUUGCAUACGCGAGAGCCGCUACGAAGAGGCCCUAGAGCUAGCUAGCUACGUCCAACGUGUAGGCCAGCAUCAAGGACAUCUUAUACCCGUUGUCAAUAGUAUUGUGCGUUCCGUGGAGGCAUUGUGGCAUACGAUGCUCGCGCAGUUAGUUGCACAGCUACGGAUGGAUCUGCAGCUGCCCAAGUGUUUGCAAAUCGUUGGGUAUUUGAGACGCAUGCAGGCCUUUGGCGACAACGAGUUGAAAUUGAAGUUUCUACAAGCGCGUGACGCUUGGUUGACAUCGUGUUUAGAUGCCAUACCAAAAGCAGAUGCUCAGCAGCACUUGACGAAGACGAUCGAAAUAACACGAAUCAAUCUAUUCAAUAUUAUAACGCAAUAUCGCGCCAUCUUUCCGGAGACGGAGCUCGUAAACAAGUCGACGCCAUUGAAGCAGCUUCAAGGUGUUACCUGCAAUGGCAAUAGACUGUUUGAGGCCUGGCUGCAUAAUAAGAUAAAUACUUUUCUGCUAACGCUUGAGGAAGAUCUGGAACGAGGUGUUAGUUCAAUCGAAACAGUUCUGGGGCAAUGCAUGUAUUUCGGACUAUCCUUUAGUCGCGUCGGUGCUGAUUUCCGUGCACUAAUUGCGCCCAUUUUUGUGCGCGUGGUGCGUAAUAAGUUCGAGUCGAGCAUUAUGCAAGUCAAUGAGAACUUUGAAAAGGAACUGGACAAGUUUACGCUGAUUAACAAAGUUAGCUUACACACACGCAAGCAGCUCGAUACGGCAGCUUUGUCUGGCAGCGAACGGGAUUUGGAAUCGUAUGCGCCGCCUGAGACCUUGCUUGACUUUUAUCCACUUGCCGUGCUGUGCAAUGGAUAUUUGAAUGCCCUAAAUGAGCUACGUCUUUGUGCACCCUUUGCCGUGGCCACAGAUGUCACCUGUUGCUUGCAAAGUUCACUACAAUUGGUUGCACAACGAGUGCUCGCAUUCUACCGCCAAGAGCAACAGGCCUUUACACCCAAUGAACGAGAGACGUUUGUAAAGCUCUGUUCGUGUUUUGCCUACGAUCUAGUGCCCUAUGUUCAGCGCUGCAUUCACGGUGUCUUCCCACCUCAGUCCAUAACUGUGCAUCUUGGCAUAAGCCUGUUGCAGCUGGAGCAACAGCAGCUAACGUUUUUACUGCAACCGCAGAUCAUGGAACCCCUAAAGCAUUUGCUGCCCAGCAAAGUGCUAAUUCAGCCAGCUGCACUGACUGCUACAGAGCUCACGCCGAUCGCAGCAGAGGGCUAAACCAUAUGCGUAGCG